CUGCCCUCCUACCAACAACACCAUCCACUCCCCACGAACAAUCGCGGCCCCUUUCCUUCGUCCUUCUUUUCUACGUUCUUUUUGUCCAUCCUCCACCCCAUUCCCCAAUCUCUGUCACUCCUUCACCUACCCGGCCAUCACGGCUGAGCGCGUUCCGCGUCGUCUGCGAUACCUGUACCGCCAGCCAUGGCGUCGAUCGGCUCUGCUUUUCGAUCGUUCUGGCAUGCGAUGACCAGCUAUGACCGACAUUCCUCCUACGACUCCCCCUACCGCUCAGGCCAACAUGUCCCCCUCGCCCAAAGCCGGCACGAGCCUCUAACAUCUGUCGCGACAGCUUCAGAAUCCCGCGGCGAUCUUAGCUCCCCAUAUUUUGAAGAGGUCGGAAGCCAGUCCACGGCCGCGUUGAAUGGCAGCACGUACCCCGGAUCCCCUAUGUCACACCGCCAGAGCCAGAGCCCAGGACCAAACCCCCCUUAUUCACCGGGUAUGAGAUCAUCCUCCCUUUUACAAAGACGGAGCACAAGCGACAACUUCGAGAAUGUCACCCCUGGCGAGAUCCAAUUACAACCCUUCACAGAGGGCCUUCCACCACCUCCCCCCGUGUCCCACUCCUGGACGAGGAUUGAUCGAUGGGCAGAGGAGAACUACGAGGAGCUGUUUGAUCAACUCGGUGAGGGCUGCACCAACAAUGACUUGUUAGAGCUGGAGUAUCAGUUGGACUGCUCUCUCCCAAUGGAUGUUCGCGAGUCAUUGCAGAUCCACGAUGGACAAGAGCGAGGUGGUAUGCCGACUGGUAUCAUCUUUGGCUGCAUGCUACUGGACUGUGAGGAGAUUGUGCAGGAGUGGACAAACUGGAAGAAGGUCAACGAGGAAUACCUCAGAGAGCCAAUCAACCCGAAGCCUUCUACGCCAUCAAAAGUCCUGGGCGGAAGCUCAUCCUCGUCUUCGAAACCCUCGGCACAGGCAGGAGGAAACCCUAUGUGGAGACAGGAUCUACUCGCCAAGCAAGACUCUCAACCCUCGGGUGCCAUCCAGAGAGUUUAUGCACACCCUGCUUGGAUUCCGUUAGUUAGGGAUUGGGGUGGAAACAACCUGGCUGUUGAUCUGGCCCCGGGACCUACUGGUAAAUGGGGUCAAGUAAUUCUGUUUGGUCGGGACUACGACUGCAAAUAUGUGGUCGCACGAUCCUGGGCCGCCUUCUUGGCCACCGUUGCAGAUGAUCUCAACAGCGGUAAGUGGUUUGUGGAUGAGGAGACCAAUGAGCUCAAGUUGCGGGAAUUCAAGUCACGAACUGUUGAGCCUGGUUACUUGGACAUCCUGAGAUGGAGAAUGGACCAGAAGUAUGGUCGCAAGGGAGGGCGACGUAAGUCUACGCCACCAGUCAAUGCCCACCCCGGUGGGUCUCCAACAACAUCUCCGUACGCAAGCCCAACCGCCGAAACGGGAGAGCCUCGGGGACGAUCGAUGCAGCGAUUCAGCGGAGCCUCACCCGUUGCAAGUCCAAACCGCCCCAACUACGUCAAACCAAGUCCUUUGGCUAGAGUGACUGAGGAGACUGCACCCAUCAAAGUCAAUACAGAGCCUGCUCCUGCGCCGAAACUCGUGGAGGUGGAUAGUCCGAGACCCCCUGAGCCUGAGGAACCGAAACCGAAGCAGAACAAGGCUCUGGAGUCGUUACUCGAACCUGUUGCUGCGGAUGACGACAAGGAGAAUACAAAGACCGAAGAUCCUCCCGCUGUUGAGGGAUUGGGAAUAAUAGACGCCAGCGCCAAGAAGGCUACAGUUGAAGACGAAGAGACUACGAUGAAGACGAUUGAGAUCUGAGUUCGUCCUUUUUCAUUAUCGCAUUGCAUGUGGCGUUGAAGGCGUGGGAGCUUCGUUUGAGAAAAUCCUGUCAUGAUGACUGGCUGCAUCUGGAUGGUCUGUUUAUCUGGUCGACUCUUCACUCUACAGAAGAAAUAUGGCCAUCGUGCUUAUGAGGUCUAAUACAAUCGCAAUAUACGAAGUGGACGUCCCUAUUUUCACCGCUGGGCCAAGCAGAGCUGGUUCGAUUUUGCAGGAGUCGCUGCAGGCCGGGACGAUAAGCUUUGUUGUACAAUUAGAAGGAGAGCGCCUGUAGUGCUUGGUUUUUUACUUUUCUUAUUGGAGGGACUGAAAUCGUAAUGCUGACCUCAUAGCUGAUUGACGGCUGGGACAGAUGGCAGAUGCCUAAAACUCAAAACCUACAUGUACAGACAGGAUGGAAAGGAAAGAAGAAGCAUUCUGCAUUCCGCUGUGAUAGAACAUUGGUUUGGGUGUAC